AUAAAAGAUGAUGAAGAUAUUAUUCUUUAUCUUUUGUUUGGUGACUACUCAUAUUAGUUAUUAUGUUGAUGGUAUUCGAGUUACAUCAAAGGAAGAUGUGAAGUUUGAGAUAAAAGCAAAUCCCAUUACUAAUUCUCCAAUCAAGACUAUUCAUACAAAAUUUGGAGACAUUGUUGAUUGUGUUGACAUUUACAAACAACCAGCUUUUAAUCAUCCUUUAUUAAGAGAUCAUAAAUUACAGUUAAAACCCAAUUUUGAAAUUGAAGAAACAGCUGGGAAUAGUUUAGAGAUUGAAUCCAUGUUUGGACUUGACGAGGAGAUUUGUCCAGACGGAACAGUUCCUAUUCAGAGAACAAUAAAAGAUCAUAUCACUGAAGAAAAAUUGUCGUUAAAUCAUCAUAUGUUGGUUAAAAGCAAUCCUGGUGUUCAUGUUGCAGAGGUAUCUCUCAAUAAACGUUCGGGUCCUUAUUAUAAAGUGAGUGGAACAACUAGUGUUUAUAAUCCACAAAUUCAUAAGAAUACUCAAAUAUCUUUGGCUCAUCUAUGGGCUGAGAAUGGAUCUGGAAACGGUAUCAACAAAAUAUCUGCAGGAUGGCAUGUAGAUCCAAUGUUAUACGGUGAUAAUGCAACUCAUUUUUAUACUUCAUGGACGACAGAUAAUUUUUGGAAGACCGGAUGCUUCAACGUUAGAUGUCCAGGUUUUAUUCAGAUCGACAAACGUAAAAUCUACCUUGGUGGACGUGUGUCCAACAUAUCUGUAUACGGUGGACCAAUUUUUGAGAUUCCUAUUACUCUUACUCUGGAUCCGAUGACGAAAAGUUGGUGGUUAAGUUCCGGACAGACAAGUAUCGGUUAUUUUCCGGCAGCAUUGUUCAAGAACUUUGAAUCGGCAAGCGUAGUAGGAUGGGGUGGGAGAACAAGAACCGAUGUCGGAAAUACUAGUCCUGAAAUGGGAUCUGGAUAUUUUCCUGACAGAAAAAUGACUCAUUCAUGUUAUUUUAGAUCAGCAUUGAUUGAAGAUGAAUCAAGAAAAAUUUUUCCACCUAAACCUGAUCAAACCUCAUCCUUCAGUGACGUCACUAAAUGUUAUGGUGUUAAUUACUAUGGAGAUCAAGGAGGGUAUCUUGGGGCUGUUCUCCUGUUUGGAGGACCUGGUCGUGUUUGUGGAGAUUAAUUUUUUUUUUUUAUAAUUAUGUUUUAUAUCAACUUUAAGAAUAAACAGGUUUAUUAUUAAGUACAA